AUGGUCUUCCAAUCUCUAGCAGCGCUGUGCCCUAGACGGAUAUCUAUCCCUCGCCCAUCAAACAUCUUUACUCGCAAACUCAUGCUCCCAUUUGCUGCCGUCUCCGUCAUCAGCGCCAAACUGCUUCAUAUAUACGCCCAUCGACACGCUCUGUCCACUCCCGAUUUGAUCCGUUGGGGCUCCUCCUUCUUUUUUCAGGAUGUCGUCUUCAUUCUCUUGGUUCGAAUGCUCCUCGAGAGUCGCAUGCCCUUCUUCUCUCUGCUCGGCUCCGCCAUCACCAUGACAGUCUUCGUCCUUAGCUGCGGCACCCUCGCCUGCUACAUGACAAUCUACACCGAACCUGACUGGAACAAUGCUGGGAUCGUUCUCGACCCUGCUUGGUGGGCUGUCCUGCCUACCGGCCUGGCUUCCCUCGCCUUCGUUUCCGCCAUCAUGACGGUCAUCGCCGCCGCCACGCAGCAAUUCUGGAUUGUCGUUGCCGACAUGACGUCUGAUGCUUUGCUUUGGCCCUUUCGCCGCUGCUUUGCUGGCGGCAAAUACCAGAGCCUCAACCAAACCCCUCCGAAUAAAUAUGAGGACGACACUCUGAAUCCGUCUGAUGAUCAAGGCCUGCUUUCAUACAGAGACGAAGACGCCGCCGAGCAGGGGCUGCACUUCGAAACCCAGCUGCCCGCACCCUCCAAGUCCGCUAUUGGCGGCUACACAAUUUGCGGUGCCGUUGCUCUCACCACUCUUCUAACAACUAUCCUGCGCCCCCAUGACUCGGCCUAUACUCUCAUGUCCUGGACCCUGCCCUUGCAGCCCAUCGUCGAUAUCUCAGGAGAUGGUGGCCCUGCAGCCAUCACCAGCCAUAACAGCGGCCCUAAUAGUAUCACCGAUGUUCUCCACGACAAGACAGCCCUCUCGAGCCCGAUCCCGCUGCCCUGGCUACCUGAAGGAGACGCGCCGAAGGGGUUUGAAGACUGGUAUCACGACGGCGCACAGCACUACGACGCCGAGGCCGACCCCUUGAAGGUUUCUAAUAUGCAGGACGCAAUCCUCUCCGAUCUGCAAGGGAAGCUUGCCGACGUCGACAUCCGCCAUGUCAUCAUUGUCAAAAUGGAGUCGAUUCGAAAAGACGUCUUCCCGGUCAAGCAAGGGGGUAAGAUCUGGAGAAAGCUGGCUGACGCGACCUCCAAUCAUACACUUUCCGGCGAAGUGCAGGAGAGGCUCGCCACGCUUACACCAAUGGCCAAUUCACUGACUUGCGACUACGACGACGGCUUCGAUCACCCGAAUCGCACCUGCCGAGGCGGCAUCAGUGCAAACAACGCCUUCACAGCUAGCACAUAUACCCUCAAGAGUGUCAUCGCUACCCUUUGUGGCAUUGGCCCCGUCGCCGCUGAUUUCAACGUCGAGGCCAAGUCUCAUUUCUACCAACCGUGCCUAACCCACGUCCUCCACGCUAUGAAUUCCAUCAACCAGACCCAAGCAAACAAGGAUGGUAAGGAAUUUCAACCCUAUCCUUGGAAGUCUUACUACUUCCAAGCCGCGACCGACUCCUUCGACAACCAAGGCGCCCUUUUUCCAAUUCUUGGAUAUCAGUCGGAAAAUGUCAUUACCAAAGAAUAUUUGCAAAGCGAAUCCGCCAAAUUCGGCAAGUCUACUCUAAGCGAUGUCAAUUAUUUCAGCAUUCCCGAGGUUGCCCUGGAGGACUACAUUAGAGAUGCAUUCCAGGUGGCCAAGGAAAAGAAGGAGAGGGUCUUUCUGACGCAUUUGACGAGCACUACGCAUCACGCUUUUGGAAUUCCCGCCGAGGAGCACUACGUCCACAUGAGCGAGAAUAAGGACCUCGAGGACCUGUCCAACUACAUCAACGCAGUAGGGUACAGCGACCGUUGGCUGACCAAGCUUCUCGGUAUCCUAGAAGAACAGGGGGUGGCGAAUGAAACGCUCGUUGUCUUCUCGGGAGACCACGGCAUGCCGGUUGCUGAAGAUGGUGUCGCUACGUACCACAACGACGAAACUGCCAGCUUCCACGUGCCAAUCGUGCUUUCGCACCCCAAGCUACCCAAGGUGACGAUUGGCAACGUCGUCUCUACGAUGCAGAUCCUGCCUACUGUGCUGGAUCUCUUGGUUGAGUCAGACUCGUUGUCGGAAGAGUCGAAGCGCGCUGCGAGGGACUUGGCGAAAAAUUACGAAGGCCAGUCCCUUUUGCGUCCUCUACAUGCUGCUGCCGACAACGGCCACGGCGACUGGCAAUUUAGUGUCACCAACCCUGGCGGAGCGACACUGGCAGCUCGAGACGGCAGAAACCCCAAUUGGCGGUUAACGUUCCCCAUCACCUCUGGGCAAGAUUGGCAUUUUGUAGACGUCAGCUCCAACUCGACUGGCAUCUUUUCUCUUUCAUUUGAUACCUUGCGCAAUCGUGCCGAGUCGCAGUUGGGCACGGAAGUGGCCGACUGGCUAGAAGAAGCAGCCAUUGUCAGCCGUUGGUGGCUAGACGAAAACCAAAAAAGGUGGCGCUAUGGCAAAUAUGCACCGAGCGUCGAAGGACGGAAUUAA